AUGAAAACAAGCACUUCCUUUGAUCUUCCAUUUGAUAUAAUAACCCACAUUUUGGCUAUGUUUCCUGUGAAAACUCUAGUGAAAUUCCGGGCAGUGUGCACAUCCUGGCGCACUUACAUCGAGUCCCCUUAUUUCAUCUCCAAGCAUCGCGAUCUUUACAAUAAACACCAUUCCAAAAACUCCCAUUUACUGAUUACAUCAAUUCGUUCUGGACGAUUCUACCUACGACGUGUUACCAACGAUCAGAAUUCAAUCACAGUUACUCUUCUUGCUCCUUUUUCUGCUGAUUUUACAAUACCAUGGACUUAUUCAGUCUGCAAUGGGUUAUUUUUACUGAGCUUAUAUGGUGAUCGUCAAAAGGGAUUUUCCACCUCUUGUGAUGAUUAUAAGGUGCUUGCCUAUCAGCUUCGUACCAUCAUUAAUGGUAAUGAGUAUGAGGCCGCCAUGGCAGUUUAUUCACUUAGAAAUCACCUUUGGACUAUUAAAAUCAAUCCAAUGAAUGUCGAUGCUUGGACUUCAUUAAGGGUCCCUUUUUCUUAUAACAAAUACGUUUUUUGUGGAUGGAUAGUAUACUGGUUUACUGAAGGUGAUCCAAGAAUUAUCCACUCUUUUAAUUUUAAUACAGAAGAAUUCAAUAAUGUGGCAUUACCCGAGCCACUGAAAGAAUGUGCGAGUUUAAUUCUUUUCACCAUCGGCGAGUUGUUAGCUGUUAUAUCAUCGUCCUACAUAUGGAUUUUGGAAAAGCAUGAUGGAGAGUACACAUGGAGGGUGUGGUGUUCAGAAUCUUGGAUUAAAAAUGUUUUUGAUGUAAUUGAAGAGUACUAUCCAUUUAUUGUUAAGGUUUUGUUUGUUGAGGAGAGAAACACAUUUCUAAUAUUUAGGUAUACUGGUUGCAUACAUUUUCAAGUUACAAGCCGGAUGUUAGGAAUGUUGGAAAAGAGAUUUGGUCAUUUUCUUUCCGUUAGCAAUUAUGUGGAGACCUUAGCGUUGCUUACAGGAACGGAAGGGAUGGUUAUGGAAUUAGAAGUAAAAAUGAUUUUAGAAGCAUUUGAUGUAUGA